ACUAAACCAAUUUCCACAUCCAAAACACCACGAAUCGAUCGUAUCAAGAACCCACAACAAGUAACCAAGUCCCGUCAUCAUCAACAUGCCUUCCAAUUCAGCCGUAUCUGGUGUAUCAAGUGCCAAAGCGACUGAUAGGUCAGCUGAGUCGUGUCGUGAUAAGGACACAAACAUAUCCCCGGAUAUAUUCCCUGCCUCUGAUUCUCAUGCAGGGGAUACUGAGGAUAAGAAGAAGGAAAGACAAGAUGAACUGUUGAUUGGUGUUGGCUCACUUCUCAAUACAGGUACAAUGGUACCCUCGAAAGUAUUCCCUACCCCCGACUCCGAUUCAGCGGAUAUUACGGAUGAGAAGAAGAAAAGACAAGAUGAACUGUUGAUUGGUAUUGGCUCACAAUACAACAAAGCUUGAGCGCAGGAACAUGCUCUUAGAUAAGACACCAUAGGGUGGGAAGAUUUGAUGCUCUGUGUGUUGGUAAUAUAGUUAUGAAUAUGCUCAUGCGGAACAAAUGAGUGUUAAUAAAACGGAAAUUUGAACUG